AUCUCAUCGACAUGAUGUGUGUGGCAUAUUUUCCUCAAAUCGUGAGAGCAGUGGAUUUCUGUGGGCAUGGCAUCUUUGUUUUGGUGCGUUUUCUGCGCGGUGGUGUGCAGAUCCACUGCAGAUUCCUUGUUACAGACCUGGCGCCGCAACAGUGCAGCCGAUGCUGGGGUCGAAGGAAAGCAUCAGGUGUUGAUCCCCAAACCCUUGAAACACAGCUCCGGCGGCGACACCCUUCACCUGACGGGUUGGAAGCUGGAAGUGUUGAAGGAAGCAGCAAAAUCUGCGGGUCAGGAGACCUGGAGAAUUGUGAACGCCCAAGUCCUGUCCCGACUCUCGCGUUUGAAGGAUGGCGAAGCUGAAGACUUCAAGGUGGAGUUUUUACACCAAAUUGAAGCACCACCAGUAGAGCAUCUACGUGAGCGUCGUGAGGGCUAUGUCUUGAAUGUCACAAAGUCUGGCAUCCUGGUUGUAGCUCCAAGCUCUUGGGCGCUUGCCAAUGCCAUGGCGACUCUCUAUCAACUGCUUUCGAUUCGCGUCGCCAGUGGCAUGUCCAUUCCUGGCUGCCCGCAUUACAUUGAGGACGAACCCAGCUUUGUUCAUCGUGGGGUUCUGCUCGAUGUUUCAAGGCAGUGGUAUUCC